GCUGGAGGCUGGAGGCACCUGGGGAGGCACCUGGGGCGCCAGCUGCGCUGCGCGUCCCGCGUACCGUUCCCUCGGUGGAGAUGCCUAGCCGGGGCACACGCCCGGAGGACGGCGCCGGGCUGGUCCCUACCGACGACUCAGCCCCUCACAAAGAGGAUCUUAGCAACAAGAUUAAAGAACAAAAAAUUGUUGUGGAUGAACUUUCUAACCUGAAGAAGAACAGGAAAGUAUAUAGGCAGCAACAGAACAGCAACAUAUUCUUUCUUGCAGACCGAACAGAAAUGCUUUCUGAAAGCAAAAAUAUAUUAGAUGAGCUGAAAAAAGAAUACCAAGAAAUAGAAAACUCAGAGAAGACCAAAAUCAAGAAAUAGUCAACUUGUUUU